AUGAUAGCAAUAUAUAUAGUUUUAAUAUUAAAUUUUGCCAUUGUAAUGAUUCAGGAAGUAAUAAGUGCACAAGUGUCACAAAAACCCGUUACUCCAGGUGAACCAAGUGUACUUCCAGAGGCAAAACAAAUAUUAUCUAAGGCUGUUUUGGCAGGAGAUAAUGUAGUAGAAUCUUUUCGAUUAGGAAUACUUUGUGAGAUUAUUAAGGAUCCUAACCAUAUUAUUAAGAGCAUAAGAUCAUCUCGUAAGACAAAGAAGCGCUUUAAAAAAAAGAAAAAGAAAAAGGUACAUGUACAAAAAGAAGAAGAUGAAGAAGAAGACGACGACGACUAUGAUGAUGACGAUGAUGACGAUGAUGACGAUGAUGAAUAUGAUGAAGACGAUGAUGAAUAUGAUGAUGAAGCAGAAGAUGAUUUUCAUGAUGGAAGUACGCUUAGGGGAAGGAUACUAAAACGAUUUAGACCCAAUCACCAAAUUUAUCAGCAGAUAAUGCAACAAGGAUCAAUGCUACAACCACAAAUGUUACAUGUACAAAUGCUACAACCGCAAAUGUUGCAACCACAAAUGCAGCAACCACAAAUGCAACAACCACAAAUGCUACCAUCACAAAUGUUACAACCACAAAUGCUGCAACCGCAAAUAUUACAACCACAAAUGCUACAACCGCAAAUACUACAACCACAAAUGCUACAACCGCAAAUAUUACAACCACAAAUUCUACAACCACAAGCAGCGUACCCAGAAUGUCAUGACAACGAGACAGAUAAAAAAAAAAAAAAAGAAAAAUUGAAGACAUUAUUCAAAAAUAAACGAACACAUACAACUGAAGAUACAGUUAACUUAGGAUAUCAACCAAAGGUACAAUAA